UACAUCGAGCAGCCACAGUGUGGUAUACCCGGCCCAUCCUCUGCUCUCGCCUAUAACGCCCCACCCGACUGGUUGUGCUUCUGUUGCCAUUUCAAAUUCCGAGUUUCUUUUAGUAGUGUCAUCAGACCCUCCACAUGCCAGAGGAUCCCCAUAACUUUUGACCACCCACGCUGUCAUGGAUUGGCGCCGAGGCCAGAACUGUUGCUUUACCACGCUAAAAGCGUCCGAUCUGUAGGAAUGAGUUGGGUCACCCACCCCCGCGGCAGUUUGUCCCAUGGCUAGGAGAGGCAGACGCUCGGCGGGGCUUUGAUCUCCUUCUUGUAUAAGAAACUAUAAUACCUGGAUACCUUAGCUGGAACCGAAUCCACCUUCCAUAGUGCAACUUGACUUCAGGGCGUCAUCAACUGGUGGCUGGGAUCAACAUGGCGCAAACCGACAAGCCUUGGACCAUUAUCGUGGGUGCUGGACCUUCUGGACUGCUUCUUGGGUUGAUGCUCGCGAAGAAGGGCGUUCCAGUCCACAUUUUGGAAGCGUCCUCGGAGUUGGAUGAUUCUCCUCGUGCAGCUUACUAUGGUCCUCCUGCCGCCUACGAGCUACGAAGGGCAGGAGUCAUAGACGACGUUCGAAAGGAAGGAUUUGACCCAGUCAAGACUUGUUGGAGGAAGCUCGACGGGACCUACCUUGCCGGAUUCGACAACAGUCUUAAUUUCGAUGACCCGGAUCGACUGGCAUGCCUCCCACUGGCCAAUCUGGACCAGCUUCUCUACAGACAUGCCAUUGCCCAACCAACGCUCAAGGUAAGUUUCAACCACAAGGUUGUCGACCUGGGCCAGGAUACAGACAAAGCUUGGGUGGAUGUGGAAACACCCGACGGCAGAAAACGGUUAGAGGCCAGUUAUAUUGUAGGAUGCGACGGGGCUUCGAGCACCGUCCGGAAGCGUUUGUUCGGGGACAAGGACUUUCCGGGAUGGACAUGGGAUAAACAGAUCGUGGCUACCAAUGUAUCCUAUCCCUUCGAAAAGUUUGGCUAUGAUGAUGCCAACUUUUUCAUCCAUCCGGAGCAUUGGCAUAUGGUCGCUCGCCUCACCAAAAAUCCCGAUGGCAGCGGAUGGUGGCGGGUUAGCUAUGGCGAGGUUUCGGGCCUGACUCGGGAACAACUGAUCGCUCGACAGCCGAUGAAGUAUGAGGCGAUGCUUCCGGGACACCCUAAGCCGGGGCAAUAUGACCUUGCAGCCAUCAGCCCUUACCGGAUACAUCAGCGGUUGGCCGAGAGGCUACGAGUUGGCCGGUUCUUGUUGGCAGCGGAUGCGGCCCAUAUCUGCAAUCCUUUUGGAGGUCUCGGCUUGACUGGGGGUAUUGUUGAUGUCGGAGGCCUGUACGAUUGCUUGAUCGGAGUGUAUGAGGGUAAAGCGGACGAGAGCAUCCUCGACAAGUAUUCCGAAAUGCGUCGCCAAAGGUUUCAGACCGUCACCGACCCUAUCUCGCAGAGCAACAUUAGGCGACUAUACGACCAGGAUCCGGAUAAGGCUUUGGAGAACGACGAGUUUCUAAAGAUGCUCAAGAGCAUUGAGAACGAUGUGGAGGCACAACGAGAAUUCAUGCGGUCUCCGAUGGCGCUCCAGUAUGACUUUACGCAGCAUUAUAAGACAGCUACAGGUAUGGGAGCAAAGGAAGAUGGCCAGGCCGCAAAGAACGGUGUCGUGACGCAGGUGACACAAGUUGCACCGAUAGGAGGAGAGUAGCCAUUGCCCGGGAGGUGGACUGGGCGCUGCAGUGGUGGAUUGAUGUCGUUCAGGUUACCAGAGGUCUAGCGAUUACCAAUGGCCUUUCUAUUGAGACUGCAGUUGCAGUUGAGAGCAGCAGGACGUUAGUGUGCAGCACAGGAGCAUCCAUGUCUAUAGGUAUACUUGAGAUACCUGCAGUGGCUGUCUGUAGUGGUGGACAUUGAUGUCUACUACCUACUACCUACUACUACUAGUACAACAUUGUAUCAGUCCCUUGGAGGUACUUUAAGGUGUGUGCGCACGUGCCGAUGGAGGCCGCAGAAUAUACUACCACUGUAG